CUGUAUGGGCUGGGUACGGAGCAACAGGCUGGAACCUACUAUAACUUUGACCACUCAACGUAUUUCAUAGCUUAGACUGUUUUAUUCCGGGGGUAACUAAAUUCUCUUGACGCGUAGAGAGACUGAAGUCGGUUCUUUAUUAGUUGUGAUAAUGUAAGUCAGAAUAAAAGUAUUAAAAGUGUAAAUAUGAGCUAGCAGGCUUGCCGUCUGUUUUGUUGUUGUUUCAGCUAACGUUAGCUAGCGAAAGCUGCCCUGAACUCUACAGCGAAGUUGAUAGCCAGAUAACUGUGGCGUUACGAGUUAAAAACAAAACAAACAAACAGUAAAAAUGAGCGCCGUUGACGACAUACUUUUCAGGACGCCAUCAACAAAAUGUUUUCGCCACAUUAAUGUCUCCUACGUUCACUGAGCUAUGAUGCUCCCGAGGAAGAAAAGUAAGAACGAAGCGUCCAAACCCGCAGAGGUCCAGGGGAAGUAUGUGAAGAAGGAGACGUCUCCUCUGCUCAGGAAUCUUAUGCCCUCGUUCAUCCGUCACGGACCAACGAUCCCACGGCGAGCAGAGGUGCCGUUGUCCGAAGCCCCAGCGGUACCCGGUGCCGCUGUGUACCCACUGAGUCCAGCGGCAGGGACAGACGCAGGUGGCCGGAAGAGUUUCCUGCGUAACGCAACACCUCGGCCCCAGCACGAGGUUUCUCGGCGAGACAGCCACCGUCUGUCUGCGCCAACAUAUCUUCCUCGCUCGCUCCCUGACCUUCCUCAUGACUACUCCUCUUCUACCCCGUCAUUCAUCAGUGAUGGUGGCCCGAUAGCUGAGAACGGAGAUGUGGCCCGUUACUACUAUCCCCCCGAGUCGUACUACGAGAACCAGCCCAGGCGCACACGCCGGCCCGAUCACUUCCACGACGAGUACAGGUAUUACGAGCACAGCAAUUAUCCACGAGGCCCUACGCAGCCUCAGACGCCCCAGCCUCACAGUCGCCCCCCUGCAGCUAUUGGACGCAUGCAGGCAAAGUCUCUAGGCAAUCUGGCGAGUUUGAGUGGAGAAGAGACGGCCCUUCCACCUGGCUGGACAGUUGAUUGGACGAUUCGAGGCAGGAAGUACUACAUCGACCACAACACGAACACCACUCAUUGGAGUCACCCGCUGGAGAGGGAGGGACUUCCACCUGGCUGGGAGAGGGUGGAGUCUGCAGAGUUUGGAGUUUAUUAUGUCGACCACAUCAACAAACGGGCCCAAUACAGGCAUCCGUGUGCUCCCAGUGUUCCGCGCUACGACCAGCCUCCGCCCCUACCUCCACCAAUCACUUACCAGCCCCGUCCUCCAGAGAGGAAUCAGCCAGUGCUGGUGCCAGCAAACCCCUACCACACUGCCGAGAUCCCAGACUGGCUGCAGGUCUACGCCAGAGCACCUCUUAAGUAUGACCACAUCCUAAAGUGGGAGUUGUUCCAGCUGAUGGAUCUGGACACGUAUCAGGGCAUGCUGAAGCUGCUGUUCAUGAAGGAGCUGGAGCGCAUCGUUAAAUCAUAUGAAGCUUAUCGCCAGGCACUGCUCACAGAACUCGACAUGCGCAAACAACGGCAGCAGUGGUACGCCCAACAGCCAACCAAAAACUUCCCUCACAACAUGUGAACUGCAGGAGACUGAUGUCCAGAAACACACAUGCCUUAAUACACACACUGCCAAGUCUUCACAUACGUCUGCCUCUGUGUGUGUGUGCCUUAGCAAUGUGUGGACUACACACACUCCGACAUAUAGCAGAUGCUCAUAGGGUGUUCUGAGACUGCACGAGAAUAAAAGUGGGAGCUGCACACCUACGAGUAGCGUUUGUAUAAUGUAAAUUUUAUUCAUUUUAUAGCCUGAAAGAUUAGGUGUGUGGCUGAAUUAAUGAAUUAAUGACCGAGUUUCCUGAAGACCUUCCAGCCAAAAUACUGUCAAAAGAUGCUAUAGUGACCCUUACCCUCUCUACAGUUUAGAUGACACUACAGUGCAUUAUGGAAACUGGGACCUGGUCACUAGUGAAUCAUUUUCCUGAGCUAGAUGUCUCUCUCUUUCUCUCUCUCUCUCUCUCUCUCAAGAGUGCUUUCUUUUGCUGUCUCUCUCUCUCUCUCUCAGAGCUCUUCCUGUGUUUCGAUUGUCUGAAGUGUGCUAUAACCCUGUUUGUUCUUUUCUUCCGUGGCCCGUGUGGACACUCAGCCUGUAGCACACACUCUUCUGCCUUCAUCCUAUGGACAAUGAAGCUUUUCUAUGGACUUUUCCUGACAACGACAAUCCAGCCAGCUCUAAAUGUAAAAAGGUUUGUGAAUUUUUCCAAAGGAAUAUGUCUUUAUUUAAAGACUAGAUUUUGUCAGCAAAAGCAUCACAUGUGAUGCAGGGUAAGUGUGAGCUCUUUUGGCUCUUAGCUUUUUAUCUUUAUGUAUGUCUGUUCCCCCCCUUGCAUAAUGAAAUUAUAUAUAAACAUAUAUAAACUUAAAAA